CGGGACCCACCAAGCUCCAAGUGUAAAAGUCGUUCCCCCGAAAUUUCUCUCCAAGCAUUUCCUCCUUCUGUCACGUAGCAACCGAACCAGCCCUUUAAAGCCUACAUACGCAACAGCGAAAAUGUAGGCGUCUACGAUUUACGCGACACCUACAGAGUUCUGUCUGCCAGCCAUCGCAAUCAGGCAAGAUGGCACCGCUGCUGCAAGCUUCUAAGCUGCCCCAGCCGCCCCCCGGGUAUAUAUCAACCGACUUCAUUACGUUCCGUCACCCACAUUACGAGGUUCCAUACAACGUUUUGCUUGUUGUACCCCGUACUGACCCUACCGAACAAGGAUUUGGUGUCCAUCAUGGGACUGCUCUUGUUGCCUGCCAAAUUAUCGGCAACAAUGCCUUUGAGACUGGUCAGCUGGCAUUGGACGCGAACGGCGAACAGCUCGUCACGCUCCCCCAUGAUGAUGUUUUAUUGGGGAGCGCUUAUUAUUUCAUCGUCGACGGCCCUUAUAAUCUGGAAAAUCCGUACCCGGUAGUCCCAACAUUUCAGGAUUGGACGUUCCCUCACAACCGUCUCCCCGCUUCAUGGCCUCCUGCUUCUGGCCCCCCUAUGACGUCUUGCGGUAUCAGCGCAUACACAUUCCCUGUCGAGAGCGCGCAUCUUGUUCCGCAAAAGCAAGGACGUUGGUAUGCAGGCAAUGGUAUGUCAGAGUACACCGAUCUACCGUUCGCCAAUAUCGACAACCUCGCGAACAGAACACCACUACGUAGAGAUAUCCAAUAUCUCUUUGACGACCGUGCUUUGGCCAUCGUUCCGAAGAAUUCGACGUACGUUUCUCACAUUAUGUCGACGAGGGCAGAAAACUAUUGGCCCGAACACCACAACGUCGCCGUUCAGGGUCUUCAUAGACACGCGCGCGCAUACCUCUUUGCACGCUUCGCAUGGACGGUUCUGUUUAGCAUGAAGUCCUUUGUAUGCACGGGUGUCGACCGCUACGUUAUUCAAGUCAGCGACUCCAAGACAGGCCGGGGCACCGUAUCGGAAGCCACAUGGGUCAAGGCGGCCGACCUCGUUGCAAAGUACAGCGGCGGCAGCACCCAAGAGGCGGGACCUGCUUCGAAGCGGCAGAAAACACAAGACGGCCUGGAGGGCGAUGGUACUUCCGACUGCAGCUUCGCUGAAGACGAUAUCAACGCUGUCUACUCUUGGAAUCAUGAUCAUGGGCAAAAGCCAUGGCCAUCGGAUUCCACUGCCCCCGCAGGUCCAAAUGACGAAGACGAUGGGUACAAGGGAAAAGCAGUUGACAGGCCCAAUGACGGCGCCAUGUAGGGCAUAGUGCGGACCGCGAGAGAGGCUCAGACAGAAGCCAGUUCCGUCGGGAGCUUGGUCAGUCGUUCGGCACGGCUGGUCAUCCGCGAGAAGCUGAGCAAGGCUCGUCGUUCGAUCAAGGGCAUCGGGAAACUUCGGUUGUGGGGGAUAAUUGCGGACCUGUUCUAGCAGGGGGUCGCAGGCCAGCCCAACUAGUCCCCUGUACUGAAGAGGAACAGCGUAGGCACGCUAUAGGAGGCUCGUAUAGCAAUGGCCACCUAACUACUAAUAACUGGCCCAGUACCGAUCAAGCUAGAUUACAGCUAUAAAUAGCUGUAAUUAGCUGAUCGGCCAACUGAAA